ACACUGCAAGUUUCUUCUUCCUAAAAAAAAACAAAAACAAAAACAAAAGCAUUAACAAGCAACUCUAAACACAAAACUCAAAAUUAUUUUCACAUUUAUGUUGCAUCAGAACACUUUUUUAACCACAAAGUAAAAGGCACCUUCUAAAAGGUUUUAUCAAACGAGCUCGUGGGCGUUUUUGGAAGGCAAGUGAAAUGCGGGACAUAAGAGGCUUGAGGACCUCUUCGUUCCAAGAACUGAACUCCAUACGUAACAAUUCUUGGUGGGUGGUAAUUCGGGUUAGUGUUGUGUUGAAUUACGGGAACAUAAGAGGCUUGGGGACCUCUUUGUUCCAAGAACUGAACUCCAUAAGUAACAAUUCUUGGGAGUUGACAAUUCGGGUUAGUAUUGUGUUGAGUUAUAGGUAAUACGAUUCAUUUUGUCAUAUUUUGUCGAUCACUCCCCUAAUUCAAAGAAUUGGUUUCAAUGUCCCCUUUUAUAGAAGACAUUGAUUUGGGGGGAAAAGGCUUCAAAGUUUGUUUCAAUGCGUAUCUCCAUAAAAUCAAACAUUAAUUUAAAUGGAAAACAACCAAGCUACUCAUACAGAAGUUGCACGAGGUGUGAAAAUAUAGUGGAUAUUUGGCGAGAGAGAGAGAGAGAGAGAGAGAGGUAACAGGUCACGUGAAUGGCACGUGCAAGAACUUCCCCGCCCAAAAUCGUUUCAAAGCCAAACUGACUGAAACCCAGAUCACUCAAGGCUCAAGCCUCACCACAACUAAGAAAGAGGCUUCAAAAUCUCUCUCUCUCUCGCAACUAUGCAGCAGAGGUCCUCUUCAAGCUCUUCUCGAGCACUUGACGAGUGCUGUGCCAUAAUCGUCACCCAGCAGCCACAAGCGAAGCACUCCCCAAGAAGAAGAAUGGAUGACAUGUCGGCGAAGUGGGUCCAUCUCAUUCCUGUCAUUGUGCUCAUGUGCCUCUUCGUUCUUUGGUGGUUCUCUUAUCCAGUAAAUUUGGUGAUCAAGGAAAGCAAAAUUGCAGCUGUACAUCAAAUUGAGAUGUCCGUGUCUCUCAAUGAUACUCAUAUUGAUGUAGCCAUCCUGGCAGCGGCUACAUCAUCACCAAUAGCCUCAGUCCCUCUGAAUCUCACAAGCAAUAAUGAGACCGGAGCGCUGCCUCCUCUGGCGAGUAAAUCUGAUUGCCGAACCGUUCGGAGAAUAUGCUUCUUUCAGCAUUGUGUUGGGACAUGUUUCCACGAGAUAAAAGUACUUCAAGAACACUUUUAUAGUGUGUUAUAAUAAAAGUAUCACAAGGAGGAGGUUUCCCUCUAUCAGUGUGAGGCUUUUUACCAUAGAUAUAUAGCAGUCUGGAGGUUGUCUUGCUUGUAUAAAGAUACAGAAAUUGAAAAGAAUUCAACAAAGAAAAACAAGAAACAGCUAA